AUGAAAAAAAAAGUAGGGAAGACCAGGACUGACUGUUCCACUUUGAUGAUCCAUGGUGCAUGCAUAAAUAAGCUGUUAUUUAAAGUAAAACUAGGGGCAAUUAGAUCACGAGAUUCCUAUAAAUUAUACGCACUGAGUUUCUUGCACCCAAAAAACCAGUUCCAAACUACAAAGAAACUAAGGCAAAGACCAAGAAAACAUUCUGUCUCAUUCAAAAACUCAACAAAAAUGACUUCAAGAUUGCUUCUACUUUUCACCUUCUUCCUCUUCUGCCUACUUGCUCAUGUCUCUUCUGAUAUUGAUAUUGAAGAAAAGCAAACUCAGGUGGUGAAAGGAGCUAACAGGAGGCUCUUGCCAUAUGUAGAUUGUGGAGGACUGUGCAAAGUGAGAUGCAGUUCACACUCAAGGCCAAAUGUAUGCACCAGAGCCUGUGGGACUUGUUGUAUGAGAUGCAAAUGUGUUCCUCCUGGUACUUCUGGUAACAGACAAGUAUGUGGUAAAUGCUACACAGAUAUGACUACUCAUGGCAACAGGACCAAGUGCCCUUAAUUAAAAUGCUUGUCUAAGACGUAGUUUUUGUUGUUACAUAGCUAGUUACUCAUGUAGGACUUUAAUUUAUACUCAACCUUGUUUUUUGUUUUUUUUUCAAUUUUCUAAGUUUGUUUUAUUACCACCCCAAGAAAAAGAAAAAAAAUAGGUGAGAAUAUGUGUUUUGAGCUUUCUGAUGUAAAAAGUUAAUCCUGUGCGGUUCCUCGCAUAGAGACGUUUAAUUUCUUAGGGUUGAAUUUCAAUGUCAAAGUUUCAGUUUUCAUGA